CCGUUAGACAGAUGCAACUACGGGAGAAGAGAUGUAUGGAUGAGGAUGACAGGCAGCACGCAUUCUCACUAGGGUACACCAUACAGCAUUCUCACUAGAAGAAGUACAUUUCACGAUGUGGGAUAAUUAAGUGUUGAUCCCUCACGGUGGUGAGCAGGAUGAUUUAAAGCCAUUGAACCCCCUCCUCCAUUUGGAACCGCCAUCUUUCCAUGAGCAUCCCAUCACGACGCCCCUCACCUCUCUUCUCAAAACGAACUUCUCUAUCCUUUACCACAGACUUGACCAACAAGAUGGACCAGUGUCUUCUUACCACCGUGAACGACACCAUUCCCUCAAAACCAUUACCCAUCAAAACUAUAUCCGACCAACAAACUCCGAAAACAACAACACCAGAACUGUUCGACUCCGCCUACGAAACCGGCACCGAUUCCGAAGUCUCCAGCAACGAUGACUCUCCCCCUUCCCCUCCCACAACCCUCCCACAACUAGCCAAAGCAAAAGGCCACUACUGGAUCACCACCACGGGCGCAAAAAUCCUCGACGCCUGCGGCGGCGCCGGCGUCGCUUGCAUCGGCCACGGGCGCAAAGAGGUGAUCAAAGCCAUCACCAAACAGAUGGCCUCGUGCUCCUAUGCCUCGUACGCUCACUUCAAACUGGACCCUGUUGAAAGGUUGAGUGAGUGGCUGGUUGAAAGCACGGGGGGAAUGAUGAAGAAGGUUUAUUUGAUGUGUUCUGGCUCCGAAGCAAUAGAAGCAGCCCUCAAACUCUCCCUCGAAUUCCACCACUCUUGGACCGGCGGUUCUACCACUAAAAGAACAAACUUCAUAACCCGCACCCCCUCCUACCACGGCACCACCCUCGGCUCCCUCUCCGCCUCCAACCACUUUUCCCGUCGCUUACCUUUCAUCUCCUCCGGCAUCCUUUUGGAGUCUCACUUCCACCCUAUUUCAGCUUGCAACCCCUACCGCGACCAACUUUUUUCUUCUGUCGAUGAACCCACCGCUGCUUACGUCUCCCGCAAACUAGCCGAGCUGGAAUCCAUGUUUUUGAGGCUAGGGCCAGAAACAGUAGCGGCAGUCAUCAUGGAGCCCAUCGUCGGCGCUGCUUUGGGCUGUGUGCCUCCCCCACCGGGGUAUAUGAGGGGUGUUAAGAAGUUAUGUGAGCGGUAUGGGGCGCUGUUGGUUUUUGAUGAGGUUAUGUGUGGGAUGGGACGUUCCGGCACCUUACACGCGUGGCAGUCGAUCGAACGGCCAGAAAACGGCGAGGAGGGGGGAGAGGUAGUCCCAGACCUCCAAACCCUCGGUAAAUGCUUCACAGGCGGCUACACCCCCGGUUCCGCCCUCCUCGUCGGUCACAAAAUCGCCGGAGUCAUGGAACAAGAAAAAAGGGUAUUCACGCACGGCCAUACUUACCAAAACAACCCUCUCGUAGCGGCCGCGGCGUUGGCAGUCCAAGUGGGUGUUAUUGAGCGGGAGGGGUUACUUGCAAAAGUGAGAGAACACGAAAAAGUGCUGGGGUGGUUACUUAGACAGCGACUAAGCAAACAUCCGAAUGUGGGCGAUAUCAGAGGGCGGGGACUGUUUUGGGGGGUAGAGUUUGUGAAGGAUAGAGAGACCAAGGAGCCGUUUGAUGUCGGACUGGGGGUAGCGCAGAUGGUGCAUAGGACGGCGAUGAAGGAGUUUGGGGUUUUGGUGUAUAAUGGCCAGGGAUGUGCUGGAGAGGGGAGGGGGGAUCAUGUUAUGGUUAUGCCGGCGUAUGAUAUUUUGGAGGAGGAGUUGGAGAUGAUCGUGGAUAGGCUUGGGAAGGCGGUUGAGAGUGUGUUUGAGAAACUUGGUGGAAUCUGAGGAGUGAGUAGAAAAAGAGCUGCACGUCGACAUCAGUUUAGGGUCACUGUUCCUGUGUUCAAGACUGCAUCUAGAGCUAGCUGCAUGGAUAGAACCAA